UAGAACUGUACCUAGAGAUAACUUCACCCAGAGAGAGAGCGAGAAAGUGAGAAAGAGAUUGACAAAGAGAGAGAGAAAGAGACGAAAGAGAGACACGGAAGACAGGAACAGAGGAAGAGAGAAAGAUCCAGAGAGAGGAAGCCUUGGGGAGAGGACACAGUUUCCUCUUUAAGACCAGAUCGCAACAAGUGGAUCCGAUUUGAACAAGCUCUCCAGGACCUGAGAGAGAGAAGGAGAGAGGUAGAGAGAGGGAGUGAGAGAGUCAGAGAGGGAGCGCGAGAGAGAGAGAGAGAGAGAGAGAGAGAGAGAGAGCAGGAGAGAGGGAGGGAGAUACAUCGGAAGAUAAUAUGUUUCGUCGCUGCUCAUCUUGACCCAGACCCAUAUGGAGAUCCAGUCCUAACAGAGCUCUCUGUAGAGGAAGAGGAACUGAACUCCUUGAAAAUAGGAUUACAAACCCUGGACUACAACAGACCUGGGAUUGUAGAACCUCAACUACAGAACCCAUAGAACCACAUAGAACCUUAACCAUAGGACCACAACCACAGGGAACUGCAACCUUACGACCAUAACCUUAAACCUGCAACUACAGAAUCAUAACCAACAAUCGCAACCUUAUAACCAUAACCACAGAACGGAAACCUAACGACCACAACCAUAGUACCUUAGGACCAGAACCUUGGGAAAAGAACCUUGGGAAAAGAACCUUGGGAAAAGAACCUUCAGAAAAGAACCUUGGGAAAAGAACCUUGGGAAAAGAACCUUGGGAAAAGAACCUUAGGAAAAUAACCUUAGGACCUCAACCACAGAACCGUAACCUUUUGACCACAACCAGAACACGGUCAGGAUGGGCCAUCGCAGAAGAAGGUGCAAGAGAAGACUCCUCAGGGUGGCCAGAUACCUCCACCGCUGGCUCACUGGGACCCUGGUAGAAGACAGUGUAGUGGAGGAUGGGGAGUUAUCUACAGUGUGUUAUAGACCAGAGGGGUUGGACCAGCUACUACAACAGACUAAGUUCACCAGGAGAGAACUACAGAUCCUCUACAGGGGCUUCAAGAAUGAAUGUCCUAGUGGGUUGGUGGAUGAAGAGACAUUCAAGUUCAUCUACUCCCAGUUCUUUCCUCAGGGAGACUCCAGCACCUACGCUCAUUUUCUGUUCGAAGCAUUUGACACCCACAAGAAUGGUUCUGUGAGCUUCGAAGACUUCGUCACAGGCCUGUCAAUCAUCCUGAGAGGCUCUGUCACAGAGAAACUCAACUGGGCUUUUAACCUCUACGACCUCAACAAAGAUGGCUUCAUCACCAAAGAGGAGAUGACUGAUAUCAUGAGCUCCAUCUAUGAUAUGAUGGGGACGUGUACGUACCCCUGUAUGCAGAACGACGCCCCCAAGGAGCACGUUGACAACUUCUUCCAGAAAAUGGACAAGAACAAAGAUGGCGUGGUCACCAUUGAGGAAUUUCUGGAGUCUUGUCAAAAGGAUGAGAACAUCAUGCAGUCCAUGCAUCUGUUUGACAACGUCAUUUAGUGACAUUUCCUGUGGGUGUGGCCUAAAGGACACAGUGCCCAUAUUUAGCCCGAAAGCCUCCACCCCUAGCUCCCCUCUAUCCCCAAACACAGACUCAUUGGGACUGUCAGGGGGGUAAAAGGUACCCCUUCAUGGAUCUCCACUCUUCCAUCCAUCCCUAGGCCCUAGUCCCUCCCUGCA